AUGGAAAAGGAAAGAAGAUUGGAUCUUGUUUCUGUAAUCUGUACAGCUGGGGAAGACUCAUCUGAUUACCCUUCACUCUGGAAUAAUGUUGAUAGACCUCUUGAAACGGGUUGGAAUCUUUCUAAUCCGUUGCCUAAUGGAGACAUUCUUCUUCUGCCUAAUGCAAAUGGGUUCUUCCCCCAUAGCAUGGCUCAGAUCCCAGCUGAUUCGGGCUUCAUUACUCGUGCUGCAAGGUUUUCGUGCUACGGUAGUGGGAUUUUUGGUGAAAUGUUGAACCAACCUCUUGGAGUUCCUGAACCAAUUGGUUUGUAUUCUCAAGUGUGUGGAACAAUGCAACGGCUGCAGGAUAUGCCAGUGGGAACUGUAGCCAAACAAGCUCAUGGAGGACAAUGCUCGGGGAAUGAACUAAAUGUCGGUGAACUUCCAAAGGAUGCUUCUACGGCAGUAAGAGAUGGGUUCAAGAAUGAUGCAGGAACUGUGAUCCAUGUUGGAGCCAACGAAGAAGUUAAAGUAGAUAAACCUGGAUGCAGUCAUAUGUCUGAUGAAACUCGAUCCAGUGGUGGUAAUGGUCGAAAUGAACUGCAAGUUGGGGAAUUGAAAUCUGGGGAAACCCCUUCCAAGUGCUUUGAUAGGAAGAAAAGGAAAAUAAAUAGCCAGGGUUAUGAGCCUAACCAGUCAAGCAGAGCUCUGCAGUCAGGUGAAGAACCAGACAACAAUGGUGAGAAAAAGGAAAAUUAUGAGCGAAAUACCAAUUUGUCUCCUAAGAAGACAAGUGGAGGGAAACAAGCUUCUGAUCCUCCAAAGGAAGGAUAUAUUCACAUGAGGGCUCGAAGAGGCCAGGCCACAAACAGCCAUAGUCUUGCAGAAAGAGUAAGGAGAGAAAAGAUUAGUGAAAGGAUGAAGUUCCUUCAAGACCUUGUGCCGGGUUGCAAUAAGGUCACAGGGAAGGCAGUUAUGCUCGAUGAAAUCAUUAACUAUGUCCAGUCACUACAACGACAGGUCGAGUUCUUAUCAAUGAAACUCGCAACCGUAAAUCCUCAGCUUGAGUUAAACCUCGAUGGCCUCAUGGCUAAAGAAGCCCUUCAGCUACGACCUGGUCCCUCAUCUGCACCACCAUUUCCCCAAAGCAUCAUGCCAAUGGCUUAUCCUCCUCUACCGCAUCUUUCCCAACCUGGAUUCAUGGAACCGACUCUCUCUUGCAUGAGAAAUCCAUCUGAUGUCCUUAGGCAAACUGUCACUUCCCCAUUGUCUCCCAUGAAUGAAGGAGGAUUCAAGCGACCGGAAACACAGGGAUGGGAGUGUGAUCUGCAGAAUGUUGUUCACGUGUGCUAUGGAACCGAUGCUACACCUGAAAAUCAAGAAGCAACUGGGUCUCUUCCACCUGCUGACAUGAAGGUUGAGCAUUCCGAUCCGACGAUCAAAUCCCCCAGAAAAACAAAUUACCAGAGAUUCUCCGGGAAGAAGGGACUCAAUUUCCGGGAUUUUCCCGAGAAAGUGAUAUCAACAGAACAAUUCAAACGCACAAGUCGGUGA